CUCCUCUAUAGCAGGAGAGAAGAACAACCAUCUUUACGCAUCUAAGGGCAACUAGUGAAUACCACAGACAUGGAGGCCAUCAAGAAGAAGAUGCAGAUGCUGAAACUGGACAAGGAGAAUGGGUUGGAUCGAGCAGAGCAAGCUGAGGCAGAGAAAAAACAAGUGGAGGAAAAGUGCAAGCAGCUGGAAGAUGAACUGGUAUCUAUGCAGAAGAAAUUGAAGGGUACUGAAGAUGAACUGGAUAAAUACUCAGAGGCUCUGAAGGACGCCCAGGAGAAGCUGGAAGUUGCAGAGAAGAAAGCUGCAGAUGCUGAAGCAGAGGUUGCCUCCUUGAACCGCCGUAUACAACUGGUGGAGGAAGAAUUGGACCGUGCACAGGAACGGCUCUCCACUGCCCUACAGAAAUUAGAAGAAGCAGAGAAGGUUGCAGAUGAGAGUGAAAGGGGGAUGAAGGUGAUUGAGAACAGAGCCCUUAAGGAUGAGGAAAAGAUGGAGCUUCAGGAGAUUCAGUUAAAAGAAGCCAAACACAUAGCAGAAGAAGCAGACAGGAAGUACGAAGAGGUUGCCCGAAAGCUAGUAAUCAUUGAGGGUGACCUUGAACGUACAGAAGAGAGGGCAGAAUUGGCAGAAUCCAAAUGUUCCGAGCUGGAGGAGGAGCUGAAAAAUGUUACCAACAACCUGAAGUCUCUGGAGGCUCAGGCAGAGAAGUAUUCACAGAAGGAAGACAAAUAUGAGGAAGAAAUCAAGAUAUUGACAGAUAAGCUAAAAGAGGCAGAGACUCGAGCAGAGUUUGCAGAACGGUCCGUGGCAAAACUUGAGAAGACUAUUGAUAACUUGGAAGAGCGCCUCUACUGUCAAAUGGAGAAAAACCGGCUCCUUUCUUGCGAGUUGAAGGUUACACUUCACGACCUUUGUGACUAAGUUCCUGCCCAUUAACACGUCAUCCCAUAUAUACAUGGUCUAUAACUGGGCGGAGCUAACAGGGGAGUGCAGCGGUUCCAGUGGGAAGAACUGCUCGUUAGUCACACUUCAGUUUACCAAUUUAAUCCUUGGUUUUAAAAACAUGCCUACAAAGUAUUCUGCUAAGUGCUUGUUGAUGCUUCCAUAUAUGUAACUACCUUGUUUCCCAGUUGUGGCUUCACCCUUCGUUAGGCAUGAUAUCUAACCUUGAUGGCUUCCUUUGCUCUCUUCAAAACAUAUUGUUUUCUAUUUUUCAUCAGAGACCAGUUUGUGUGUCAAAAUUGGCAACUAUUUCUCCUAAUACUAUAUAAACCAUUUGGUAUGCAAACCGUCUAAAUUAUGAGAUUUUAUGCUGGGAAUGGAAUAUUGAAAAAUCUUCAAUAAAAGAUUAAUUAGCCCAUGAUUAAA